AUGAUCAUCAAUUGCUGCGGCACCAAGUCCUGCACUAAGACAAAUUACAAUGCCACGACACGACAGGUAUCAACUGCUGGGAAGACCUACCAACCAGCCGCAGCAGACGAAACUCUUCCCCCAAACAGUGAAAUUGAUCCUGUGACAUCCGUUGAAAACAUUGUCGAGCCUGAAACAAUCUCAGAAGCUGACGCUGAAAGCAGUUCAGUGUUUGCUGACAGCAAAACUUCGACUUCAGAGGCUGCAUCUAGCUCUACUUCAACCAGCACAACCACAACAACCACAUCCACUUCAACAACUUCAACAACUACUACUACCACAACAACCACAACAACGCCUCCUCCUACUGCAGAAGAAUUGGUUCUUGGAAAAUGUGACUCAACUUUUACCAAAGAUGUUAAAAUGUUUGAUACGGAUGGAAGUUUAAAAGACCCGGAAAAAUACGGAUUUUGGGUGAAUUCUUGCGAUCAAUUAUUUGUGUUUGGGAAAUCACUGGUAACGUGGCGAGAUAAUUUCAUCCGCUGCGCCAAAAUAGGCAUGAAGCCGGUUGAAAUUGAAAACGAUAAUAAGUUACAGUGUCUUAAAAACCUUGCUUCCACGUGGAAAUACGGAUCCAACUACUGGACGUCAGGUUUGCGGACCAGCGUUGACGGAUUUUCUUGGUGCAACCAAAAUGGGACGACGCGAGGGGCGAGCUUGCCGGCCGCGACCUGGGAGCAAGGUCAGCCAGACAACCUGAACAAGUCUGAAAAUUGCAUGCACCUCAACAUCACGCGGGCCAAUGCAAGCGUCGUUACCACUGACAAAAAGUGCACCAACAUUUACGUUUUCGCGUGCCAGGGAGCGCCAACCCCAGCUCCGCCAUGUUCGUCGCCAUCCUGUCCGAACGUCACUUGUGAGAAAAACUCUGCGCUGUUUACCAAUGUGACCAAAAACGGAAAAGUCAGCCAGUACCUGACGAAUCCAGCGAAGCACGGAAAUUGGUACAGCAAAAAUGGCCGCUUCUACGUUUUCAGCUAUGCAAAUCAGACUGAAACGUACGCGGGUGCAAGCAAAGCCUGCUGCGAGUUUGGAAUGACACUGCUUAGUCUGCAGUUUGAUUACAAAUACAAGGCAAUUACAGCCGGGAUAGAAGUAAAUAUGGGCGACGCCGCCUUUUACUGGACAUCGGGCACGGACACCGGCUGCGAAUCUAACUUUGGCUACUGCGCGGUGAAGCGCCUUUUGCGCGACGAAGCCGUUUGGCAGCCCGGACAACCGGACAACGCCAACGGCCAAGAAAACUACGUGGCUGUCUACAUCAACAGCUCGUCGGCAAUGCUGGCCGACUUCAGCGGAGAGACAAAAUUCCGUUAUAUUUGCGAAGGUAGGGACAAUUCAAGGGCCGAGUCUGGUGGCAAGGGCGUGCGGGAUGAGUGCGCGGCAAUUUACAACAUAAGUUCUGGCGAGUUGGACACGCUGAUGGGCAGGACAGAUUAUGAUUUGAGGACAAAGUGCUUCCUUAAAUGCGUGGGAGAAAACAGCGGAUUGAUGAUUAAUGGGAAGUUUGUGGAAAAUGAGGUUCUCUCGAUUUUGGAAAAAAUGGCCAAGGGAAAUUUGGAUGAUUUGAGGAAAAACUUGAUGGUCAUUGACGAUUGUGGAAAUGGAACAGAGGGAAUGGACGAAUGCGAUAAGGCGUCCCAAAUGAUUAAAUGCACCAAGGAAAAAGCACCUGAUGUGGUCAUGGGUGUCGUCAGCGAAAUGGAAAAAGCAAUUUCUGCUGAAGAAGCUGCACAGGGUGCUGUGGCUGCACUUCCUCCUGUGGAGCCGAAAUGCGUUCUCAACUUCACCUGUGACAUUAUCCCUGAAUAUCGGCAGCUGUACGAAAAUACAACAACAGUAGGUUCAGGAGCAACUCCUGAUGCCUAUGUCGACAGUGCUUGUCGCAAGAAAUACGUGUUUCUGGGAGGAAGUUACUCAUUCGAUGUUGGAAUGACCGAGUGCUGCAAAUAUGGCCUGAGACUUGCAACUUUGGAGUCUUUGACGGAAAUAAAUUGCAUUGCUGUUGAAGCCACGUAUGUGCACAAGUCUUGCCUCACGUGGGUGGCAGCCUCAAGGGAAGGUGGCAAGCCCUUUUGGUGCUAUAAUUCCAGCAUGCCCAUGGCCUCAUCUGUGACAUCCGACCCUGACGUCACCAAGGUGGCCCUGAUGUUUGACUUUGCAACUAAAGCUCUUGUGCCCUACAACACAUCUUCCUUCUCUCAUGUUCUGUGCGAGGAAAUUUGAAUAUUAAAG